UUAACAACAAACAGCUGAUACGCGCGACCACUUUCUGACCGGCGGGCCGGCCGAACGCAUACACACUACAAAUUAGUUUAAAAAAAGCUUGAUUUCCUUUGGCUGCGCUUGCGUGGAGGCUUUCGUCGCAACGCCGGAUAUGUGGACAUCCAGACAAAUUGUUAAGUCAAUAUGCGGUGAUUAACUGGGGACCUACAUGUGUUUGUGACUGCCAUAGACAAUAGUGCUUGUUUUUGUGUGAUUCUUGGACUUUUGGGACUUCGUCGACUGAAAGUUAAAUAACUUCACAAGAUGCUGCUUUUAAAGAUCGCACCAGUUUUCCUACUUGUGCUCAUCGUGGGAGCUGAAAAGAAAAUUGAACUAGAGGACAUCGAGGAAGAUAAUUUGAAAAGUGAAAAGCAAAACGAAAUAGAGAAAUCUGAUGCGAGAUCGCAAAGUACCAGUUCUUCUUCUGGUCCUGGCUUGCUUCCUUUUGAAUUUUUAAAGAACGGUUUUCUUCGUUAUUUCGAGAGUCCCACUCGUGGUCAGGCUCCUCAACAGCAGCGUUACGUUCAGCAAUAUGCUGUAAGCGAAGCUCCGGAGCGAGCGCCAGUCGUCACCCCAAAAGUACAAUAUGGGCCGCCAGCAACCCAGCAAGCGAUGGUCGGUUACCUGUCGAAUGUUCCGAUGCAGAUAUAUCUGGUUCCACAGUAUUAUAACGAGCAAUCUGAGCAACCAUCUAAUACACAAUCUGCCGUACAAUACGUUAAGCAGGGGCUCACUAAUCCUGCAGCAUAUCCCUCCGCACCUGAAGCAGUACAAACACAAACGAACUAUGUAGAAAUUCCAACAUACGUCACUCCAGCAGGUAAAACCUUUGUUCAGCAGUACACGCCUCCAGUAGCAUAUGUACAGUAUACAGCGCAGCCGACAGUUGCUGCAGCUCAUGCUACAGUUGCUCCUGUGAUCGCUUAUCAGCCAGUCAUGCAGUAUCCCACAGCAAUAGCAGCACCCCCUGUCGUAACGAAGGGUUAUUAUGAAAACGUACAAUACCAAGAUGGAAACACCGUGGAAGAAAUACAAGAGAACGAUGAGGAAAUACAAAAACAGUAUUCCUCACAAGCUGAAAUCCCAUACACGAAGUCACCUGAAUUGCCCAGAUAUUAUAAUUCGCGUGCUCCCAUUCGAGAAGAGUAUAGGCACAGCCCUGUACCAGAAUUGCCGCCUCCAAGUCCUUUACUAAUAAAAGCUCCACCGUCGCAUUUAGCUCACAUUCCCAAAGCAUUACCUAUAUUCAGCAAACCUUUGGUAAAAUCAGCAUUCCCGUCUGGAAGCGGUCAUGGCUACACACAGAGACCAUAUGAUGGGUACAUGCCACAUUAUAAAAGGCGACCAACUUCUUUACUCGAUUCUUAUAUACCUUCUAGUAUUCAAAUUGAAUAUCUUAAGAGAGGUUACACCAAAGAUCCUCUGGUUGCUUACGAGGAGUUAUCCAAUGGUCGCCAUUUCUCUCAUGCUCCUGUAGUUCCAAGACAUUACGAGCGUGGUUUCCUCCCAAACCAGAUGUAUCAAACGGCAGCGGGUGGAGUUACAUACGGACACUAUAAAAGAACACCGAAAGUAGAAAAGGUUACAAAAACAUGAAUGGUUUUCUCAAGUCAAUAUUUAAUAUUAUGUCAUUGGCUUGGAAGCAUUUGUAUGGAGACACUCCAUCUAUGGAAUCUAAUAUGGAGUGUCUUCAUACAAAUGCUUCGCCAAAAACAGGUCAACUUUUUAUCUAUAUGUACGAGUUAUUACUCAGUAUGUGAGAGAAAUUAUAUUGUAAAAUUUAAUUGAAAAAUAAAAACGAUGCAAAUAUAUUUGUAAAAAAAGAAUGCCUAAUAAUUCAUUACGUUAUCUUCAUUAAUUAUUUUGUUUUGUAACUAAAAUAAAGUUGUUUUGGUUUUUAAUUCGUUACAUACAAACAUGUAUAAUUAAAAUAUCAUUUUUUAAUUUAUGAGCAAUAUAUACAUAUGUAUAUUUAUAUCAGAAAAAAUAGUUCCCAAUUUAAAUUUAAAAAAUCGAUAUGAUUUGAGAAUUUUUGUUUUAACGUAAUAAAAAUAUGUGUCAAAUUUAGUCUUGACCUGUUUUUGAUAUUCACAGCUAUGUCUAUAUAGUUUAAGAACCUUGAAUAAUGUAUAAAGAAUGUGUGGACUGUAGCAUAUGUAUAAACCGAACUGAUGUGGCGAGUGUUAAUGGAAUUAAUGAAAAAUAAUUGUUUUUAUAAUUUAAGAUUUAAUAAUGGUAAAUUUUACGUGUAAUUUAAAUUUCACCGAGGCUCAUUAUAUUGUUAAAAAUGUACUAAUUCGUAUGGUCAGUAUUUUACAUAAUUGUUAUUUAUAAUAAAACGUUGUUAAUUAA